CGUGACCUCCUCCGGGCUUAGCUGGAGCACAUGGAAAGCAGCCAGCUUUACUUCCCCACGGCAGAGAAGGGGAAGGGAAAGAGGUCCUUGGAUGUCUGUCCUCUGCCUGGAAAAGGGAAUUUCCUGCAAAAUCCUCCUGGCUGGCCUGUCUGCCCUGGACACAUCCCUCCAUCUGUGUCUCCAGAACCUGCCUGCUCCAGUGGCAUCCUGCCUGCUCUUCCUGCCUGCAAGAGUAGUAAAGCUGAGCUUGUGCCUGGCGCGUGGCUGCCCUCCCUCUCGUGCUGCCCAUGCUCUGAGGGAGGAUCCAUCCCUCUGGCCAUGUGGAGCUGUUUGGAAAGGCCAUGGAGUGCUAGUGAAGGCAAUCAGUGAAGGAAGAUGCUGAGGACAAGGCUCCAGCAGUUCUGUCUCCACCCCCAGCCCAGCUGCCCCGUGCCUGGUGAGGCUGAGCAGCCCCCCUGUGUCCGUGGGACAGCCAAGGGGGACAGUGAGGGGGACAGUGGCUGCUGGCAGGAGAGGAGGAGCAGAGGGGAGCAGAGCUGCCAUCAGCUCUGGGAUGCCCCAGCCUCCGAGCCAGGUGAGCAGGAGGCACAGAUGGGACUGCUGGGAGAGAGACCGAGUGGGAGCUGCCAGAGGGACCCCAGGGGGCUCAGUGGGGAUGCACCACAACCCCCAUUGAAUGGCAGCAGCCUGGCCUUGGUGGAGCAGCCUGCAGCACCUCCCAAGUGCCCUGGCUCUGCCCCAGAGCUGCCCCCCACAGCAGACAGCCCCACGGACAACCCCAGCCAGGAGUGGAAAGUGGUGAAGAUCCAACGGGUCCUCAUCAACCCUGACUUUGAGCCAAGGAAAACAGGUCUCUCCCGCAGCGCCAGCCUCUCGGAGAAGGAGCUGAAGGAGGCGAAGGCGCGGAGCCAGAGGAUCGCAGCUCAGCUCACCACGGCUCCUGGCCCCAGCUCCAAGGGUGUCCUGCUGUUCCACCGGCGCAGGCAGCGCGUUGAGGGGCUCUCGGGGGCCGGGCAUGGCGGGGGGCUGCCGCUGAGCCCCGCUGCCCAGCCUUGCCAAGGGGCCAUGGAGCAGAGCCAGGGGCAGAGGAUGAAGCCGGAGCCUGCCCAGCCUGGCAAUCCAGGAGAAGGGAUGCUGGCAAACGCCUCCCCGUGCCAGGAGCUUCCUGCUGAAGCCCAGCAGGUCCCACUCAGCGUUUACCUGAAGGAGAACAUGGCAUCGGCCACCACCAACGGCGUGCAGGAGCGCUCGGCCAGCGGGAUGGAGAGAGAGGUGGAGGGGCUCGGAAAUGCAGGAGCCCCUGCGGGGCCGAACACGGCGGCACUGGUGGUGGCACAGAGCCCCGGGGAGGGAAAGAACGUCAGCGUGCCCAGUGAGGUGCCCGGUGAGGUGCCUAGCGAGGUGCCCAGCGCUCCAGCAGGGACAGCCACAGCCAGGGCAUCGCCAGCCGGGCAGCAGCAGAACGGGGCGCAGGGCCGGCAGUACUAUGAGGUCCAUCUCACCCUGGCCAAGCCCAAGCCUGUGAAGAACCGGACGGCCAGACCCUUCGGCACUCAGGCAUCCCCCGCCAGUGCCCAGCCGGCCGAGGAGCCCCCUGCCCCCGAGCUGCCCCCACCUCCAACCUACGCAGAGACCCUCAGCAGCCCCCCACCCCUCACUCGUGUUCGCUCCCCCCCUGCCUAUUCGGCCCUGUACCCCACCCAGGAGCAGAAGAUGCUGCCAGAUCCCCUUCUGGGCUGCGGGGUGAGUGGACCAAACCCCUUGCCCAAAACAGGGAUCCUGGAGGAGUCGGCUGCCCGCAGAGCCAGCAGAAAGUCCAUGUUCACCUUCGUGGAGAAGCCGAAGCUGGGCCCCAACCCCGACCUGCUGGACCUGGUUCAGAGUGCAGACAGCAGGAAGAAGCAGAAGGAGCAGAGGGAGCCCAGUGCCGAGGAUGAGCCCUUUGCCCUGGGGGCUGAAGCUGCGAACUUUGUCCCCAACAGUGCAGCCAGGGGUGUGCAGCACCUCACACCAGCUGAGGAUGCUCCAGCAUGGUCCUCCUGCCUCAAGUCUCCCACCAUCCAGCCCAAGAAGAAGCCACAGCCCAGCCACAUCCUCACUGAAGCGAGAGGGAAGGGAGCUGAGCUCUUUGCCCGCCGACAAUCCAGGAUGGAGAAGUUCAUCAUUGAGGCCCCCUCCCAGCCUGAGCUGCUGCGGUCCCCAUCGCCCACCAUGUCCCUGCCUCCCUCCUGGAAGUAUGACAACAAUGCUUACCUGUCACCCAUGGUCUCCAGACGCCCCUCCAAGAGUCCCUGCAGGCCCUCCAAAACCCCUCCUGCAUCGCUGUAUGGCAGCAACCUAAUGGAGAACGAGGUGUCCCAGAAGGAGCUGGAGAUCUCCAAGCACCAGCCUUACCAGCUCCAGUCUUCUCUCUUCAUCCUCUCCCCAUCCAAGAGGCCAACAAGGUCCAUGCCCCAGGAGGUGCCUCCACCCAGACCCUCUCUCCCCGACUCCUACCCCUAUCCCCAGCAAGCCUCCUGCCCGACCUCUCCGUUGCCUCCUUCCCCGGUUUGGCAUCCCACCGUGGUGCCCAGCGCCGGCCAGACCACUGCCAGCCCCUUCCCCAGUGCUGCCGGGGCUCUGCCCCUGACUCCCGACAGCCGUGCCGGUCCUGGAGCCCCGGCUGAGGUGCUGCUGGCCUCCCCGUGCCGCCUGCUGCCGCCCCGGGCAAAGGCAGGCUUCCAGGCACCCCGGCCCUCCUACUCCACCAGGAAUGCCGGCAUCGAGCCGCAGGUGUGGAAACCUUCUUUUUACUACAAGUAAUGGUGGCAGAGAGAAAAACACAGGGGUGCUAGGCUGAGUCCUCCCUAACUGCUCAUGGGAGUGCCAAAAGCCAAACCAACCACAAAAAAAAGGAGGGGGGAAAGAAAAGAAAAUAGAAAAAAGAAGUGGUUGUGAGGCUGCGGUGCUGGGACAGCGGGUGACAGGCGCUGCUGAGCCCCCGGUGCAACAGGAGCUGAGGAGUCCCGGGGAGGCAGCAGGAACUGGGCACAGAGCCUGCAGGAUUCCCAAAGAGUCAGUAGGAGGCUGCCAGUCCCACAAGGCUGAUCUUGCUCUUCUCUCACCUGGAAACUGUAUGGAGCAUCACACCUCUGGCUCCCUCCUUUCCUCACCUCCAGCUUUUCCAGCUCUCAGAGCUCUGUCUGCUCCUCCACAUCCCCUCUGUCCUGUGGCUCUUCUCAGCCUCCUACCAAAGCAAACCUGGAGGGGACACGCUGCCUUUCUGCCUCACUGUGCCUGCUCCUGGCUCUUCUGUUGCUCCUUCAGGAUCUGUCCUCGUUUGCUUCCUCACUGUGGAGGAAGAACUGCAUCCCUCGGGGAAUGGCAGAGUCCAGUGCUGCUGGGCCCGGGGACACCGCGGGGUCUCUGUCCCUGCUGGGGUGGGCACUGCUGGAAGCAAGGGAUGUGCUGGGAUGAGGAGGGUGCCAGGGCUGCUGGGUGAUGUCCAGCCCAAGGCAUCAUCCAGCUGUGCCUCUGCCCAUGCCCUCUCACCACUUUCCCCAUGGUGCCAAGUUGCCUUUUGACUGUGCUUUAUUUCUCCUGCAUUUUUCUUUUUCCCCCUCUUUCUGAAUACACUCUCUGCGCUGUCA